UCUCCGUGUUUAUUCGUUGAUCUGUGGGUUAAGGUUAAUCUGUGAAAACGACGACCAUGUUGUUGGCAUUGCUUUAGAGCGUCACUUUUCUGCUAAAUACAUUUAGCGUUAGUGCUGAUAGUGUUUCAAUUCAUGUAAAAUUGAACUGAGAAUAUUGACAUCAAAAUGUCGAUCCCACCGUAUUUGCUAGGCCCAAAUCCAUGGGCCACCAUGAUGGCCCAACAACAGGCCCAUGCGCAGUUAGCAGCUGCUCAAGCUCAUGCUCAAGCAGCAGCUCAUGCGCAGGCUGCUCAUCAUGCUCACAUGCAAGCAAUAGCAGGGCCUCCAUUACCGCAAAUCCCUAAACAACCCGAAGUUUUAUCAGAAGAUAAGCUUCAAGAAAAAGCUCAAAAAUGGCAACAACUUCAAUCGAAAAGAUUUGCCGAGAAGAGAAAAUUUGGUUUCGUGGAUGCUCAGAAAGAGGAUAUGCCACCUGAGCAUAUAAGAAAAAUUAUUAGAGAUCAUGGAGACAUGAGUAGUCGUAAAUAUAGACAUGACAAACGAGUUUAUUUAGGAGCAUUGAAAUACAUGCCUCAUGCAGUAAUGAAACUUUUGGAAAAUAUGCCAAUGCCUUGGGAACAAAUCCGUGAUGUGAAAGUGCUGUAUCAUAUAACUGGAGCAAUUACAUUUGUAAAUGAAAUUCCAUGGGUUAUAGAACCUGUGUAUAUUGCUCAAUGGGGAACAAUGUGGAUUAUGAUGCGAAGAGAAAAAAGGGAUCGCCGACACUUUAAAAGAAUGAGAUUUCCACCUUUCGAUGACGAAGAACCACCGCUAGAUUAUGCGGACAACGUUUUGGAUGUAGAACCUUUAGAAGCUAUUCAGAUUGAACUUGAUUCAGAGGAGGAUGAAUCUGUGGCUGCGUGGUUUUAUGAACACAAACCUCUGGUUGGCACAAAGCAUGUAAAUGGGUCUACCUAUCGAAGAUGGAAUUUGACGUUACCUCAAAUGGCAACAUUGUACCGCUUGGCUAAUCAAUUGCUAACAGAUUUAGUGGAUCAAAAUUUCUUCUACCUUUUCGAUCCAAAAUCAUUCUUUACUGCGAAAGCGUUGAACAUGGCUAUACCUGGUGGACCGAAGUUCGAACCAUUGGUGAAGGAUUCGAACGCGGCCGAUGAAGAUUGGAACGAGUUCAACGACAUAAAUAAAAUUAUAAUCAGGCAACCUAUAAGAACAGAGUACCGCAUCGCAUUUCCCUAUUUGUACAAUAAUAUGCCACACUUUGUGCAUCUAUCAUGGUAUCAUGCUCCAAAUGUUGUUUAUAUAAAAACCGAGGAUCCUGAUUUACCUGCAUUUUAUUUUGAUCCAUUAAUCAACCCUAUUUCGCAUAGAAACUCCUUGAAGACCGUCGAACCACAAAUCGAAGAUGACGAAGAUUUUGUGCUCCCUGAAGAAGUGCAGCCGUUCUUACAAGAGACUCCACUAUAUACUGAUAAUACUGCGAAUGGUAUUGCUUUACUGUGGGCACCAAGACCGUUUAACACACGGUCUGGUAGAACCAGAAGAGCCAUCGACAUUCCUUUGGUGAAGUCUUGGUACAGAGAACACUGUCCUCCUGGACAGCCCGUUAAAGUUCGUGUCAGCUAUCAAAAAUUGCUAAAAUAUUUCGUUUUGAAUGCUUUGAAGCACAGACCUCCAAAACCACAAAAGAAACGUUACUUGUUCCGAUCGUUUAAAUCGACAAAGUUCUUCCAAACUACUACGAUAGAUUGGGUCGAAGCUGGUUUACAAGUAUGCAGGCAGGGAUACAAUAUGUUGAAUCUAUUGAUUCACAGAAAGAACUUGAAUUACCUCCAUUUGGAUUACAAUUUCAAUUUGAAGCCUGUAAAAACCUUGACCACUAAAGAGAGGAAGAAAUCCAGAUUCGGAAACGCCUUCCAUUUGUGUCGUGAAAUUCUACGUCUAACGAAAUUGAUUAUCGACUCCCACGUGCAAUAUCGUCUAAACAACGUCGACGCGUUUCAACUUGCUGACGGUUUACAGUAUAUCUUCGCACACGUGGGUCAAUUAACUGGAAUGUACAGGUACAAAUAUAAACUGAUGAGACAAAUCAGAAUGUGUAAAGAUUUGAAGCAUUUGAUUUAUUAUCGUUUCAAUACGGGGCCUGUCGGCAAAGGACCUGGUUGUGGAUUCUGGGCGCCUGGCUGGAGAGUAUGGCUCUUUUUCAUGAGGGGAAUAACUCCUCUGUUGGAGAGAUGGUUAGGCAAUCUCUUAUCCAGACAGUUCGAAGGACGACACUCUAAAGGUGUCGCGAAAACUGUAACCAAGCAGCGUGUGGAAUCGCAUUUUGAUCUUGAAUUACGAGCAUCAGUGAUGCACGAUAUCGUAGACAUGAUGCCGGAGGGGAUAAAGCAAAAUAAAGCCCGAACGAUACUUCAGCAUCUUAGUGAAGCCUGGAGAUGCUGGAAAGCUAAUAUUCCUUGGAAGGUUCCUGGACUGCCGAUCCCUAUAGAAAAUAUGAUUCUUCGUUACGUGAAGAUGAAGGCUGACUGGUGGACCAAUACGGCACAUUAUAAUCGUGAACGUAUUAGACGUGGUGCGACCGUCGACAAGACUGUUUGCAAGAAGAACCUUGGUCGUUUAACUCGCUUGUAUUUGAAAGCGGAACAGGAACGGCAACAUAAUUAUUUGAAGGACGGUCCAUACAUAUCUCCGGAAGAGGCGGUAGCUAUCUAUACUACAACUGUGCACUGGUUAGAAUCUAGAAGAUUCGCUCCUAUACCUUUCCCACCAUUGUCUUAUAAACACGACACUAAACUGUUGAUAUUAGCUUUGGAACGUUUGAAAGAAGCGUACAGCGUAAAAUCAAGAUUGAAUCAAAGCCAACGCGAAGAGCUUGGUCUAAUUGAACAAGCCUAUGAUAAUCCACACGAGGCACUGUCUAGAAUCAAGCGUCAUCUUUUAACACAAAGGGCGUUCAAAGAGGUGGGAAUCGAAUUUAUGGAUCUUUACAGCCAUCUAAUUCCAGUUUAUGACGUGGAGCCGCUUGAAAAAAUUACAGACGCUUACUUGGAUCAAUAUCUAUGGUACGAAGCGGACAAGCGAAGAUUGUUCCCGCCAUGGGUAAAACCUUCGGAUACAGAACCACCUCCGUUGCUAGUCUACAAAUGGUGUCAGGGUAUCAAUAAUUUGCAAGAUGUCUGGGACGUUAGCGAAGGAGAAUGUAACGUUUUACUGGAAUCGAAAUUUGAGAAAUUGUAUGAGAAAAUUGACUUGACCUUGUUGAACAGAUUGCUUAGAUUGAUCGUCGAUCACAAUAUAGCCGAUUAUAUGACUGCAAAGAAUAACGUUGUUAUCAAUUACAAGGAUAUGAAUCACACAAACAGUUAUGGAAUAAUCAGAGGGUUGCAGUUUGCAUCGUUCAUAGCACAAUAUUACGGUCUCGUAUUGGAUCUGCUCGUUCUCGGAUUGCAGAGAGCUAGCGAAAUGGCUGGCCCUCCACAAAUGCCGAACGACUUCUUAACUUUUCAAGACGUUGCGUCCGAAACUGCGCAUCCGAUUAGAUUAUAUUGUAGAUACGUGGACAGGAUUCACUUGUUUUUAAGGUUCUCCGCCGAUGAAGCAAGAGAUUUGAUUCAGAGAUAUUUAACGGAACAUCCAGAUCCUAACAAUGAGAAUAUUGUUGGCUACAAUAAUAAAAAAUGUUGGCCUCGAGAUGCGCGAAUGCGACUCAUGAAACACGACGUUAACUUGGGCCGUGCUGUGUUUUGGGAUAUUAAAAAUCGUUUACCUCGUUCUACGACCACGAUUCAGUGGGAGAAUAGUUUCGUUAGCGUGUACAGCAAAGAUAAUCCGAAUUUACUGUUCAACAUGAGUGGGUUCGAGUGCAGAAUAUUACCAAAAUGCAGAACCACGCACGAAGAAUUCACACACAGAGACGGUGUGUGGAAUCUGCAAAAUGAAAUAACAAAGGAAAGAACGGCUCAAUGUUUUCUGAGAGUCGAUGAUGAAAGUUUGCAACGGUUCCAUAAUAGGGUUCGGCAAAUUCUCAUGGCCUCUGGGUCCACGACAUUCACAAAAAUUGUGAACAAGUGGAAUACUGCUUUGAUCGGGCUGAUGACUUAUUUCCGUGAAGCUGUGGUGAACACGCAGGAAUUGUUGGAUUUGUUGGUCAAAUGCGAGAACAAGAUUCAGACGCGUAUCAAAAUUGGAUUGAACUCGAAAAUGCCUUCGCGAUUUCCGCCGGUAGUGUUUUACACGCCCAAAGAGCUGGGUGGACUGGGAAUGCUUUCCAUGGGACAUGUUCUGAUACCUCAGUCUGACUUGAGAUGGUCAAAACAAACCGAUGUCGGUAUCACACAUUUCCGUUCCGGCAUGAGCCACGACGAGGAUCAGCUGAUUCCGAAUUUAUACCGAUACAUUCAACCAUGGGAAUCAGAGUUCAUUGAUUCGCAAAGAGUAUGGGCAGAAUACGCGUUGAAACGUCAAGAAGCAAACGCUCAAAAUCGCAGACUCACUUUGGAAGAUCUCGAGGAUAGUUGGGACCGUGGUAUUCCUAGAAUAAAUACGCUGUUCCAGAAAGACAGGCACACUCUUGCUUACGACAAAGGCUGGAGAAUACGUACCGAAUUCAAGCAGUAUCAGGUUCUAAAGCAAAAUCCGUUUUGGUGGACUCAUCAACGUCACGACGGUAAACUCUGGAAUUUAAACAAUUAUAGAACAGAUAUGAUUCAAGCACUCGGUGGUGUAGAGGGUAUCUUGGAGCAUACGCUUUUCAAAGGAACGUAUUUUCCAACAUGGGAGGGUCUUUUCUGGGAAAAAGCGUCUGGUUUCGAAGAAUCUAUGAAAUACAAAAAAUUAACCAACGCGCAAAGGUCUGGUUUGAACCAAAUUCCGAAUCGGCGAUUUACGUUAUGGUGGUCUCCAACUAUUAACAGAGCUAACGUAUACGUUGGUUUCCAGGUGCAAUUGGACUUGACAGGAAUAUUUAUGCAUGGUAAAAUCCCAACAUUGAAGAUCUCAUUGAUCCAAAUUUUCCGUGCCCAUUUGUGGCAGAAGGUACACGAAUCCAUUGUCAUGGAUCUUUGCCAAGUGUUUGACCAGGAAUUGGACGCGCUCGAAAUCGAAACAGUUCAGAAAGAAACUAUACAUCCGAGAAAAUCCUACAAAAUGAAUUCUUCGUGCGCUGAUAUCUUGCUUUUCUCGGCGUACAAAUGGAACGUCUCGCGGCCAUCUUUGUUAGCUGAUUCAAAAGAUCUCAUGGAUAACACCACCACGCAAAAAUAUUGGAUAGACGUGCAACUUCGAUGGGGAGAUUAUGAUUCUCAUGAUAUCGAACGAUACGCCAGAGCGAAAUUUUUGGAUUACACCACGGAUAAUAUGUCUAUUUAUCCAUCGCCUACAGGUUUACUGAUUGCUAUUGAUUUGGCGUACAAUCUGCACAGUGCUUACGGAAACUGGUUCCCAGGAUGCAAACCCCUUAUACAGCAAGCAAUGGCGAAAAUAAUGAAAGCAAACCCAGCUUUGUAUGUGCUACGAGAACGUAUCAGAAAAGCGUUGCAACUAUACUCAUCGGAACCUACGGAGCCGUAUUUAUCUUCACAGAAUUACGGAGAACUCUUCUCGAAUCAAAUCAUUUGGUUUGUGGAUGACACCAAUGUGUAUCGUGUUACUAUCCACAAAACGUUCGAAGGUAAUUUAACAACGAAACCUAUAAAUGGAGCCAUUUUCAUUUUCAAUCCUCGGACUGGGCAAUUGUUCUUGAAGAUAAUUCAUACAUCCGUUUGGGCUGGUCAGAAGCGUUUGGGUCAGUUGGCCAAAUGGAAAACGGCCGAGGAAGUGGCUGCGUUGAUUCGGUCCCUGCCAGUGGAAGAACAACCCAAGCAAAUCAUUGUGACCAGAAAAGGAAUGUUGGAUCCUUUGGAAGUGCACUUGCUCGACUUCCCGAACAUUGUCAUCAAGGGAUCCGAGCUUCAGUUACCAUUCCAAGCCUGUUUGAAAGUCGAGAAAUUUGGUGACCUAAUUCUGAAAGCUACCGAACCGCAAAUGGUGUUAUUCAAUUUGUAUGACGAUUGGUUAAAGACCAUCUCAUCGUACACGGCAUUUUCCCGUUUGAUCCUUAUACUCCGCGCGCUACAUGUUAACACUGAAAGGACAAAAGUUGUAUUGAAACCCGACAAGACAACUAUUACAGAACCCCAUCAUAUAUGGCCCUCUUUGACGGACGACGAAUGGAUCAAAGUAGAGGUGCAACUGAAAGACUUGAUACUGGCCGAUUAUGGUAAAAAGAACAACGUAAAUGUCGCGUCUCUGACCCAGUCGGAGAUUCGCGACAUUAUCUUGGGUAUGGAGAUAAGCGCGCCAUCCGCUCAACGACAACAAAUCGCUGAGAUAGAGAAGCAGACGAAGGAACAAUCGCAGCUUACAGCGACAACGACGAGGACGGUGAACAAACACGGCGACGAAAUUAUUACCGCAACUACCUCGAACUAUGAGACGCAGACAUUCAGUUCAAAGACUGAAUGGCGAGUAAGAGCAAUUUCCGCCACUAACUUACAUCUCCGAACGAAUCACAUUUAUGUAUCCUCCGACGACAUCAAAGAGACUGGUUACACUUACAUAUUACCAAAGAAUGUUCUCAAGAAGUUUGUUACGAUCUCCGAUUUACGGGCACAGAUCGCGGGAUACUUGUACGGCAUUAGCCCUCCAGACAACCCUCAAGUAAAAGAAAUCAGAUGCAUAGUGAUGGCUCCUCAGUGGGGAACCCAUCAAACCGUUCACUUACCCAAUACGCUUCCCAAUCAUCAAUAUUUGAAGGAGAUGGAACCUCUCGGCUGGAUCCACACUCAACCGAAUGAAUUACCACAGUUGUCACCGCAGGACAUAUCCACACAUGCCCGAAUAAUGGCGGAAAAUCCAAUUUGGGACGGAGAGAAAACUAUCGUAAUUACUUGCAGUUUCACGCCAGGGUCUUGUUCGCUUACAGCUUACAAGUUGACACCCAGUGGUUUCGAAUGGGGAAAACAAAAUACCGACAAAGGAAACAAUCCUAAGGGUUAUUUACCGAGUCACUACGAAAAAGUACAAAUGUUGCUUUCCGAUCGUUUCUUGGGCUUCUUUAUGGUUCCAAGUCAAGGCUCGUGGAACUACAAUUUCAUGGGCGUAAGGCACGAUCCAAACAUGAAGUACGAGCUUCAGUUGGCAAAUCCUAAAGAAUUUUAUCACGAGAUUCAUCGACCGGCGCACUUCUUAAAUUUCUCAAGCCUGGAGGACGGGGAAGGUGUCGGUGCCGACCGAGAAGAUGUAUUUGCUUAAAUAAAAGUAAAAAAGGAAAAGAAACCAGCAAUGAGGGAAAUUGAUUCCCUAUAAUUGAAAAUAUUUUGACCUGUAUAUAGAAUGUUUUAAGGAACGUGUACAUAUGAACAAGCAUAUUUAACAAGCAUAAUGCCAGGCGGAUCAAUCGAGAAUGUUCGGUGGAUACGUCUCUCAUCGACGCGUUUUUUUGUAGUUGCUUAUACGUUGCGGGUAACUGAACAGAUUUUCUACACGUGUUGCGCGGUUACAUAUAAUAUCAUAGUUGACACAAGUUUCAAGACUACAGUUAGUAGGUAAAAUAGUAUUGUAUUACAUAUAAAAUACUUGAUGUUUGUACUAUACUUUAAUAUUGAUUAAGAAUAAAAAAUACAUAAUUUAUA